UGCUGGAUGAAUCGCCAGGCUCAAGGCAACAAUGGGCAUCAGGGGACGGCAGCCUGAUGAACCGCUAUUCUAAUGUACUUAGACGCUACCUGUACAUUUCGUAUCGAUACGUCUACAAUAACCUUAAAUCCAGGGACUUGCCGAGCACUGAUCGAUAUAGGCUUGAGCCGCUACGUCGGUUGCUCCUGGUCGAUCAAGAUUGUCUCUUGCACCUAGCACCCAUAUUAUAUCACCGCCAUCUCAGUUGUCCAAUCAAAUGCGAGGUUCAAAACAGCAGCGUUCCCCAUUUUUUCUUUCUUUCGGAUAGCCGAAUAAAGGUCUCCAACCCGGUCUUCUGGGAACCAGUACUCAACACGUCAACACAACAGGCCCUCUCUACACCAGGCCCUAUUCCAAACACAAAUGCUCUGGCCAUGCAACAGGAGUGCAAACUCUCAGAAGGAUUUCGAGGAUAUAUAACUCAAACUGCCAGUGUAGGCGUUGUCCGUCUCUUAUCCUUUAUCUUCAAGGAUCGAAGUGACUUGGAGCUGAUGAGAUGGAGGAUCUCCAUCUACG